GGGGACGCGCUGAAGAGCUCCGGCCUCACACGCUUUCAGAAAGCAAGCUAUUUUGCCCGAAAUAAACAUGGACGGGGAGACGAGUCUCCACACAGCACGGAACUUCCGCCCACAAUAAAGAUGGGCCAAAAGGCGGAGCACAUCCGCCCGGAAGGAGGUCAAUUACACGCACUUCCGCCCAUCCCUAAGAUGGCGCCGGCGGAAGAGGCGGGGCACCCGCAUCCAGCGAUGGUGGCGUCCCGGCUGGAGCUGAAUCUCGUGAGGCUGCUGUGUCGCUGCGAGGCAAUGGCAGCGGAGAAGCGGGACCCGGAGGAUUGGCGUCUGGAGAAGGUGAGGGGGACGCCGCGCGGCCGCGCACCACUCGCGUCCCGGAGGGUGGCCACUAGCAAGCCGGCCUCGGAGGUGCUGGGCGAGUACUCGCGCAAGGUGAACUUCCUGAAGGGCAUGCUGCAGGCCGAGAAGCUGGCCUCCUCCUCCGAGAAGGCCCUCGCCAACCAGUUCCUGACCCCCGGGCGCGUGCCCACCACGGCCAGGGAGCGCGUGCCCGCCACCAAGACCGUGCACCUGCAGUCCCGCGCCCGGUACACCAGCGAGAUGCGGAGCGAGCUGCUGGGCGCGGACUCGGCCGGAGAGCCCCAGCCGGAUGUGAGGAAACGACCCGGGGCGACGCGCCCCAAGCCCGCCGAUGAGAAGCAAUCGGCAGCGGAACUGGACCUGGUCCUGCAGCGACACCAGGACCUCCAGGAAAAGCUGGCAGAGGAGAUGCUGGGCCUGGCCCGGAGCCUCAAGACCAACACGCUGGCCGCGCAGAGCGUCAUCAAGAAGGACAACCAGACCCUGUCGCACUCACUGAAGAUGGCCGAUCAGAACCUGGAGAAGCUGAAGACGGAGUCGGAGCGGCUGGAGCAGCACGCGCAGAAGUCGGUGAACUGGCUGCUGUGGGCCAUGCUCAUCGUCGUCUGCUUCAUCUUCAUCAGCAUGAUCCUCUUCAUCCGCAUCGUGCCCAAGCUCAAAUAAACGCCGCCGCCGCCG